UCUUAGAAAGGAAGAUUUGGAGAAUGAUAAUAUGGACGUGUCUAGUUCUGGUGGAGCUUCAGUGAAUUCAAGAUGGAGCCCAACAAAGGAGCAGAUUAGCAUGCUUGAGAGCUUCUACAGCCAAGGUAUACGGACCCCGAGCACUGAAAUGAUAGAACAAAUAGCAAGCAGGCUCAAAGCCUAUGGUCACAUAGAAGGGAAAAAUGUAUUUUACUGGUUUCAAAAUCACAAGGCAAGGCAAAGACAGAAGCAGAAACAAGAGAACAUGGCUUAUAUCAAUAAGUAUCUUCACAAGGCUCAUCAACCUGUGUUUGCACCUCCUUGCAGAAAUGUUGUAAACAGCCCAUGCUACCUGCCAAAGAGCGAUAUAAUGGGGUUGUGUCAACAACAUCAGAACAUGCUACUCCCAGGUAAUUUCAAGAGGAGGUCGAGAUCUGAAACCAUAAGUUAUGCUUUUAAGGGAUAUGAUCAAGAAGCCGUCCUCCGUGAAUACCACAAUCAUAUCACGAAGAACAAGUUUGAGAGGAGUCCGGUAACCAUUGACAAGAGCAGCAGUGAUCAGGAAACUUUGCCUCUCUUUCCGUUGCACCCAACAGGGAUUCUAGAAGGAGCAAGUCCUAUUUAUUCUCACGGUUCAACUUCUGCUGAGAAUUCCAUUAACACUCCAAUCUCCUCUGAGAUUACUCAUGGCAUUGGAGAGCAUUCUGCUGAUCACAAACCUUUCUUUGAUUUCUUCUCUGAGAAAGAUCCUUUCGAGAGUUCUCAUUGAUGUGAUCUAAAUAACAUUGAAGUUUA